CACUGUUCCCAAACAAUACUCAGGAAAAAGCCACGUUGACGAUUCAGACUCAAGUGUAGUCCGCAUUUUGGGGCAGAAAAGCGCCUUAGUUCACCUGGGGACGCUCAUUACGGGUUUGUCUGUGAGCUUUAGAUUGUUUUAGACAUGGCCUCGCCCCCGAAGGAGAAAGUAGAAAUGAAAGGAGGACAUCUUCCUGCAGUGAAAGCUGGAGGCAUGAGGAUAGUGCAGAAGCACCAGCCGACUCCAGUCCCAGAACCUCCUCAGAAGAAUGAGGAAGAGGAGGAGUAUGAGAGCAGCAGCAGCCCACCAAAGCCUCCAGUCAUCGUGUCUGGAGUGGUUACAAAGGGAGAUAAGGACUUCACACCUGCCGCGGCCCAGGUGGCUCACCAGAAGCCCCAUCCGGGAGUCCCCAAGCUGCCCCCCGCGCAGCACAUUAACCAGCACAUCCACCAGCCCCGCAAGUGAACCUCACCCCCUGGGACGAGCUACCGCGGCUACGCUAACAAGCCCACCAACCGGCCUUUCGCAACCAAACACACAAGCGACGAAGACUUCCCCCCCCCCUCUCCCACCGGCUUCAAAUCUCAACACAUUUAUCAAAGUAAACAUUGCUUGACUGUGUAAUCAAAGUACCCAAUGCCAGUAUGGUCACUCUGUAGAAGUCAGUUUACGACAGUGCUGCUAGGUGUUGCACUAUUCACUAUUCUGCACUUUUGUGUCCUUAACGGUCGUCUUUACGUCUUACUGUGGUUUACAUAGACAACGGAGUGUAACCGUAUUAAUAUAAAGUGAAUGGGAUUUGAAUCUGACGGGGGAGGGGGGAGGGGAAUCUUCCACCGCGCGCAUUAAAACCGAUACCGCAACACAACAACAACCAGCCAAACUUCGCAAACUUCACGUUAUAUCAAACCCCUCGCAACCAAUGACCUCAAAGCAUGAGCCCAAAUGAUGUUAAAUGUCCAAUCAAAACGCUCGAGACAAGAUCGUUGCCAUCGUUGCACAAGUACAGCAUGGAUCGUCGUGAUUAGCUAGCUGAUUCGUUUGCCCGAUUAGUUGUAGACUCGUGGCAUGUAAUACGAACAAAUAAACAAAAAAGCCAAACAUUUUAUAGUCCGUACAGCGAUGAAAGCGAUAAUUUACCUUCCCAAAUCGUCAAAAUUGGCAGCUAACUCUCUCCGUAUAAAACGAAUAGCUAAUCUAGGCUUUUUGGCAUGUGUUUGGGCUUCUUUGCUGUCUUAUCUCUUGCCUCAAAUAUCACAGUGCUUGCCUCUUUAUCCGAUCGUAGAAGGACAUAGCUGAUUUUUAUAGACGAUAUCCGCCAUUUUCUAGUGUAAUUGUUAUAGCGUACAUUCCAGAGAAAAGUAUUAUGAGUCCGUUAAGUGGCAGCUCAACAUUGAAGUAAGAACUUGUUAUUCUAGCUGACCAGUUUUAAUUAUCACAAUGAUCUAAUUUGGUAGUUUUUUGCAGUUGUAAUACAUAUUUGCCAACAAACACCGUGUUAUUUUUCUCGUCAGUGUCACUCGUUUCAACACUAAUGAUCAGGUUCUAAAAAAAAAGAAUAUAUAUAUAGCAAGAAAAUGCCAAGAAAGAAUAAUUUCCAAUGUUAAUUUAACUUUAAAAAAAGCUUUAUUUUUGUUUUUGCUUGGUUCUUUUGCUUGAGAAAAAUGUUCAAAUUGUACAUUUUUUUAGUUUGUGAGUGGUGUUAGGUGUGGUUGUCAUAGUUAAAUAAAGAUAUUGACUACCAUAAA